AUGACCACAGAUCUAGCAGCACUGAAGGCCACCUUCAAAGGCGACAUCGUUGUCCCAACCGACGCCAAAUAUGAUCAAGCCAUCACUCGCUGGGCGAAGAACACAGCAAAGAAGGCCGCCGUCGUUGCCUUCGUCAAGGACGCGGAAGACGUCUCCCUUGCCAUACAGUAUGCUAAGGCAGCUAACUUGACCAUUGCAAUUAAGUGCGGCGGCCACAACGUUUCCGGUGCAUCCUCUAUUGAGGGCGGUCUCGUUAUAGACCUGUCCCGGUAUCUCAACGGUGUGACUGUCGAUGCCGAGAAGAACCUUGGGUACGUUGGUGGAGGCGCGUUAUGGGAGACAGUCGAUCGGGCCACGAUAGCUCAAGGCCUCGCGACUGUGGCGGGCACUGUGAACGAUACGGGUGUCGGCGGGCUUACUCUGGGCGGGGGUUAUGGGUGGUUGAGCGGAGCCUACGGCUUGGUCCUAGACAACCUCGCUACUGUUGUGACUGCCGACGGAAGCAUCCUAACGGCAAACGAGAAGGAGAACGCAGACCUCUUCUGGGGAAUCCGUGGAGCAGGCUCGAACUUCGGCGUCGUCACCGAGCUCGUUCUCCAGCUCCAUCCACAACGCCGUACGGUAUUCUGCGGUAUCGCUUUCUACUCUCCCGAUCAGCUCGAAGCCCUGCUCGAUGUCACGCAGGCGUGGUGGACUCAAAGGACUUCUCCUAAAGAAGGCAUAUUUCAGGCCUUCACUCGCGGGCCAGAUCAUCAGCCUACCAUUUUGAUGGUCUUCUUCUACAAUGGCUCCGAAGCAGAGGGUCGGCAGAACUUCAAGGCCUUCUUCGAUUUGAGUCAGGACUCUCCAGAACCAUUUGGUUUCGCGCAGUUGAAGUUGACAAAACGUCUCUCUUUUUUAGACCCCGUCGUUGACCUCACUAAAGAGCAGCCAUACGAGGCUCUAAAUACCCUUCUGAACGAAGCGAACGUCCCCGGCCAGAACGCCUACAUGAAAGGUUGUUUCGCCCCCUUAGAGUUCCCGCGCGAGCUCCUCCCCAAGGUCUUCGCGCGCACCAUGGAGCUUUCUGCGCCCACACAGCACAAAUUCACCCUGCUCUUCGAAUACUUCCGGCUCGACAAGGCCAACAGCGUUCCUGACGACGCAACCGCACUCCGCCGCCACCUGACGCCAAACGUGCUCUGCCUCAUACGCUUCCAGGAGGACUCAGAGGCGGCGGCGAAGUACUGUCGCGACGCCGCGUACGAGCUGUUAGGCCUCGUUACGGGGCAAGGCGCAGACAACCUGGGCUACGGCAACUACAAUCCGGAAAGCGGGGAGGUUGCCGUCGCGGGUUCGGGUUCGGUCUCCAAGGCCGAGGAGCAUUUCGGAGCGAACUACAAGAGGUUGCAGGAGAUCAAGAAAAAGUACGACCCCGAGCUCCUCUUCCGCAAGUGGUUCGUCAUCACCCCGGCGUGA